AUGUAAGGAGUUGUUUACUCGAACAAUAAAUCAUCUUCAUCAUCAUCUUCUUCUGCUUCAAAUAGUAAAAAUACAGCAAGUACCAAGAAUGGUCCUAAUCAAAUUGGUGGAGCUAAAACAGCUCAAAAAUCUCAAUAGUACUUUGAUCAACCAAAGAGAGGAGAAGUUGACGAAUUGAGAGAAAUUCUUAAAAAGCACAUGUUUGAUAGAGAUGAAAAGAAGAAGAGAGAUCUAGUCAAGAAAGUUAUUGCAUACAUGACUUUAGGAAUUGAUGUAUCCAAGUUAUUCGAUUAAAUGGUCAUUGUUUCUUAGACAGCAGAUUUAGUUCAAAAGAAAAUGAUUUACCUUUAUUUGACUAAUUAUGCAGAAUAAAAUCCUGAUACUGCAUUGAUGGCUAUUAACACUUUCAUCAAAGAUUGUGAUAACAAAGAUCCCAAGGUUAAAGGUCUAGCUUUAAGAUCACUUUGCAGUUUGCGUUUUUCAGGUUCAUUUGAAUAUCUUAUUCCUGCCAUUAAUAAGGCACUUUAAGACAUUGACCCUUAUGUUAGAAAAACUGCUAUCAUGGGUUGUGUUAAGGUUUUUUAUAUGAAUCCUGAAGUCAUCAAAAAUAAAGAAAUUAUUGAUACUUUAUACAAGAUGAUUAAGGACCCUGAUGCUUUAGUUAUGUAAAAUGCCAUUUGUGCCCUUAAUGAAAUUUUAGCUGAUGAAGGUGGCAUCAAAACCUACCGUCAAAUGAUUAUUCACCUUUUGAACAAUUUGAAAAAUUUCAACAAUUGGGGUCAAACUAUUGUCCUAUAGCUUGUUGCCAAAUAUACUCCCAUCAAUGAAGAAGAAAUGUACGAUAUAAUGAAUCUAUUAGAUGAAAGACUUAAGCAAUCUUGUAUUUCAGUAGUUCUAGGCACAAUCAAAGUAUUUAUGAACUUCACUCAAAAUAAUUAAAAGAUUUACAAUUCAGUUUUCAAGAGAGUUAAAACUCCUUUGAUUACUUUAAUGUCCUCUACAGAAACAACAGGAUCUUUUGAAAUUACUUACCCUGUACUUUGUCACAUUAACUUAAUCACAUCAAAGGGUGGAGCUAGCUUCUUCUAGGAUGAUUUUAAAUAGUUCUAUUGCAAAGCUGAUGAACCAACAUAUAUUAAGUUUAUGAAGUUAAAUAUCAUAUCUAACUUAGCUAACGAAAUUAAUAUUGGUGAUAUCAUGAAUGAAUUGGGAGAAUAUGUUACUGAUGUUGAUUCUGAACUAGCUAAAGAAUCAAUUCGUACUCUUGGUAAGAUUGCAUGCAGAAUCCAAGAAAUGGCUACUCCCAUCAUUAAGUAGCUUUCUAAUUUUAUCAACAUGAAGUAAGAUUACAUCACCAAUAACACUCUUGUUGCAUUCCAAUAAAUCUUAAGAAAGUAUCCUCAAGUUUUCAAAGAAAUUGUUGAAUGUAUUCCUGAAUGUUUUGAUUAUGCUACUGAAACUGAAUCUAAGUGUGCUCUUUUAUGGAUACUUGGAGAAUUCAGCAAUUAAAUUACCGAUGCUCCUUAUCACUUAAUUAACUUUAUCUCUAAUGAAUAAUCUGAGCAUAUUGAUGUCAAACAAACUUAUUUAGUUACUUGCAUAAAGAUCUUCUUAAGAACUCCUGAUGAGAUGAGAGAUACUUUGGGAUAGGCUUUCUAAUCUUUCUUGGGUAAAGAUGAGAGCAUAGACUUAAAAGACAGAGCUGCCUUCUUCUAUAGAGCUAUGCAAGACGACAUCGAAGGUUUUAAGAAAAUAAUGCUCAAUGAACACUCUAACCCUGUUGAAAAAUAUUGUGAAGAAAAGGAAGAAUCAGAAGAAUAAACCAACUUCGAUUUCAAUACCUUAGCUGUCAUAUACAAAAAAUCUUAAGAUAAAUUCAUUAAGCCUUUCUCAUAUUUUGCUUUACAAAGAAAUAAAGAGGCUGCAGAAGAAAAAAUGGAUGAAGAAAAAUAAAAAGAAGAAGCUUCUGCCGAUGCUCCCACUCAAUAAGUUGCAGCAGAAACUCCAACUGCUGCAAAAUAGAAUACAGCUGAUUUGAUUGAUAUGGGAGAGGAAUAAAAUCAUUAAGCAUCUAACUAAGCUCAACAAGGUAAUUCUACUCCAUUAAAUUUGCUAGAUAUGGAUGAUGGAUUUGGUGCUCCUAAGUUAUCUGGACUUGAGGCUAGUGAUUUAGUCUUAAACUUUAGUGUUGAUCCAGAUGAUUACGAACCUGCUUGGAAUAGUCUUAAUGAAGGUGCUGUUAAUACAAAAUUGGUCAAUCCUGGCGUUCAUUUAACAGAAAAUGUUGUAGAAGAAUUAUUUAAAUAGCACAGAAUUUACAGUGCUGCAUAGGGUGAAGAAGACGAUACACUUAAAUUUUAUUUAUAUGCCAAACAUCAAUCAACUGGAAAUGUAGUUUAUAUGGAAUUCGAUUUAAAUACUGCCUCUAGAGUUCUUAGUCUUUGUACAAGAUGUGCUAAUGAAGAAAUUGCUGCUUUCUUCUCUAAGUUCGUUUUGGGAUUCCUUAAAGAUAAAGGAAUUAUAAACUGA